AUGCACCGUGUUGGCCUGUAUUUUCGUCGUCCUUCAUUCCGGCGGUCCAGAGGGAUAGCAUUAGCUAUCCUUAUUAUCGGUCUAGUGUUUAUACUCGGUAUUCAUCAUCCUCCUAUCAAGCAUUAUUUAGUUGAGAGGGUACCCAUACCUCAACUCAGACAAUAUUUUAUGACCAAAGAGAGUCCUAGACAACUUGCCGAGUUUGACGAGAAAUUCCUUGUCUUUAUUGAAAAGCAAAAGAGUGAGCUUGGGAGUGGAGCUAGCCAAGCCAAUGACGCUAAAGUUCAAUUGAAGCUUGAGUUAACACAAAAGGUUUUACGGGAAACUAAUUUCACCACCGAUGCAUCAUUUAACCUGAUUAUAGUUCCACCAAGGGAAGAAAUACCACAGUUUCAAAAAUACGACCCCAGAUUCACAUUUGGAUUACUUUUGAGACAUAUCAACGAAGAGUAUAAGUUUCUGCAGCAAACUCACGAGCAAGAAUUGUCCAUACCUGUGUUCCAUUGGGCUGAUUAUGUCGAUAUGUCACCAUUGGAAGAGUAUAUCUUGAAAACGGAGAAGCAAACGUGUCAACAGUUUGAUGUUAGAAGCCCCAACCAAGGUAAAAACAGGGGAGAGAAUUUAUUUGAUCCUGAUGAUUAUUGUAUUGAUGAUGGUGAUCCUAUUGGGGGUGUGUUGCAAAACCCACUUAAACAAAUGAAAUAUCCGGCGCAUAUAGUUGAAUCAAUGAAGAGUAUUCAACAAGAGUUGGCAAAUUCGCCAGCUUUGAGUACCGGUUUCCAUAUACAUAGAUGGACUGGUAGAAGCACUAAGAGCUUGCGGCCAGUUAUUUCACGGUCUUAUCUUUACGAUUUUAUGCCGCCACCUUUAACCCUUACAUUUUUGUUACCAGGAGACAAAGCUAUUCACUUUAAUGUAGAUAACCAAGGACACCGGAAAAAAUUGCGCGAUUCGGAUUUGUUACAAGUUGGCGAAAUCAAUAUCAAAGACGAGAUUACAAAGCUAGCUGGCAAAAUAUCUAAACCGAUAAAUGCAUUCCCAUUUGAGACUCACCUCAAACAUGAGGACUUUGUCGACAUGAGUAGAGAAGUCGUAAUGAAAUUGGAAGCGCAAGGAUCGCCUCAGCUCAAUCAAACUGAUCAACAUUACCUCUCUGGCCUCAAGUAUUCAUUACAAGAAGAAAAUGCACCAAAACAUUUCCAUGAAGCCAACAUCAUCAAAGAAGAGCCAAUGUUUGGAUUUGGUAGUAACUAUGAUUGGCGGUUUUUCACCAACAUUAUCAACAAAACACCACUACUGCAACUGGCAAAUAGUGGUACUUUGAAAGCGUUUCUUCGAUUGACCAAUCGUUUUGGAAUACGAGCCUGGGUGUCUCAUGGGUCCUUGUUGAGCUGGUACUGGAACGGAUUACGUUUUCCUUGGGAACCUGAUGUUAGUGUACAAAUGCCAAUACAAGAUUUGCAUCGGUUGACACGCAUGUUUAACCAAAGUGUCGUUGUUGAUUUCGGUCUCGAUAUGGAUCAGGAAACAAGGUUUGGUCGAUAUUAUUUAGAUGUGGCGUCAUUCAUUUCACAAAGGACUAAAGGCAAUACCAAUAAUGUUAUCGAUGCUAGGUUUAUUGAUUUGGAUACUGGUGUGAAAAUCGACAUUACUGCAUUGGCAGUUAGCGAUGUGUUGGCUCCACUGCGAUAUUAUGAAAUAUUAUCAUCGAAUGGGGCUUAUAAAGGGAAAUCAAUGUCAGCAUUGGAAAAGAAUACAUUUUUACAAGUGUACAAUUGCCGCAAAGAACAAUUUGUGGCCAUGAAUCAAAUUAAUCCACUUAGAUUGACUAUGGUCCAAGGCGAGUUUGGGUAUAUUCCUUGCAGUUUUGAACUGAUUAUGAUGAAUGAGUAUAGUUUGAAGGGAACUGUCAGCACAUUCAACAAUAAUUAUGUGUAUUUGCCUAAAUUGCGCAUAUGGACAAGCAUACAAUCCAUCGUUGAGUUUUUAAGAGCUAAUAAAAUAAGCGAAGAUCGGUUGGAUAGUUUUCGCGAAGGUGAUGCCGAGAUGAUUAGUGUUGAUUUAAGUGAUAAAGAGUACAUUGAAUAUUUGUAUUAUGGAGGUACAGUGUUGCGUGAAUUUUUGAAUACGCGUGAAAUGACAUCGUUGCAUAACUGGGAGGUGCAAAAAUUAAUGAAAGGAGAAUCAACCAAGCAUUUGUAUAUUAAACUGACUUGGGGCCUUUUUGGUCUGGGUUCUGUUGAAUACAUCAAUCCUGAAGUGACUAGGUGUUCUUUAUAUGUGGACUAUUUUGUUAAUCAAACAAGGCACGUUCAUGGUGGAUAUAGCUUUGAAGUUGGAUUACAAAGUAUGAUGCAUGCUAUUAAAGAUCAUGAAGUAAAUUGGAAAAAGGUACAAGAGGAGAAGGAAAGGAAGAAAGUAGAAGAGGACGAGAAGAAGAAGGCGGAAGAGGAGAAAAAGAAAGCAAAAGCGGUAGAGGAGAAGGAGAAAGCAGAAGCGGUAGAGGAGAAGGAGAAAGCAGAAGUAGAGGAGAAGGAGAAAGCAGAAGCGGUAGAGAAGAAGGAGAAACAAAAGAAUGCCGCAACUGAGAAGGUACGUGAGGAACAAGACAAGAAGAAUGCAGCUAAGUUAAAGGAAAUUGAAGAUAAACAGUCGCAGGGAGAGACCUAA